AUGAACUCUGCAGUGGUUAAGAAAGAAGUACUGGAAAAUCCAGACCAUGAUUUAAAACACGAACUAGAAGAGACGAAAGACGACGAAAAUAGCCUUUCUACUACUUCCAAGAAUAAGAGGCAGGUAAUUGUUCCCAUUUGCACGCCCAAAAUUCACUAUUCACCGCUGAAAACUGGUCUUUGCUACGACGUUAGAAUGAGGUAUCAUGCAAAGAUUUUCACAUCAUAUUUUGAGUACAUCGACCCACAUCCAGAGGACCCAAGAAGAAUAUACCGUAUCUACAAAAUAUUAGCGGAGAAUGGCCUGAUUAACGACCCCACUCUGAGCGGCGUAGAUGACCUUGGCGAUUUGAUGCUGAAGAUACCUGUAAGAGCCGCAACCUCCGAAGAAAUCUUGGAAGUUCAUACAAAGGAACAUUUAGAGUUCAUUGAAAGCACAGAAAAAAUGAGCCGAGAGCAGUUAUUAAAAGAGACUGAAAAAGGUGAUUCCGUGUACUUCAAUAACGAUUCUUAUGCGAGUGCUAGGCUUCCUUGUGGUGGCGCCAUUGAGGCAUGCAAGGCAGUUGUUGAGGGACGUGUAAAAAACUCUCUGGCCGUGGUAAGACCACCUGGCCAUCAUGCUGAGCCGCAAGCUGCUGGUGGCUUCUGUCUUUUCAGCAACGUUGCCGUCGCCGCCAAGAACAUCUUAAAGAAUUAUCCAGAAAGUGUAAGAAGAAUAAUGAUUUUAGAUUGGGAUAUUCAUCACGGUAAUGGCACACAAAAGUCAUUCUACCAAGAUGAUCAGGUUCUAUAUGUUUCAUUGCACAGAUUCGAAAUGGGUAAAUACUAUCCUGGGACCAUCCAAGGUCAGUAUGACCAAACUGGUGAGGGUAAAGGUGAAGGGUUCAAUUGUAAUAUUACUUGGCCCGUCGGAGGCGUUGGUGAUGCUGAAUAUAUGUGGGCAUUUGAACAAGUGGUUAUGCCUAUGGGGAGAGAGUUUAAGCCUGACUUGGUGAUUAUUUCUUCUGGGUUUGAUGCCGCGGAUGGUGAUACUAUCGGACAGUGUCAUGUCACCCCAAGUUGUUAUGGUCACAUGACACAUAUGUUAAAAUCUCUAGCUAGAGGUAAUCUUUGUGUAGUUCUGGAAGGUGGUUAUAACUUAGAUGCAAUUGCAAGAAGUGCUUUGAGUGUGGCAAAAGUCUUAAUAGGGGAGCCUCCUGAUGAACUACCUGAUCCACUAAGUGAUCCCAAGCCUGAGGUUAUAGAAAUGAUAGACAAAGUAAUUCGGUUACAGUCCAAGUAUUGGAACUGUUUUAGAAGGAGACAUGCUAACUCCGGUUGUAAUUUUAACGAACCUAUCAAUGACUCGAUAAUAUCUAAAAAUUUUCCUCUGCAGAAGGCUAUUCGUCAACAACAGCAACACUAUUUAAGCGACGAAUUUAAUUUCGUUACUUUACCGUUGAUAAGCAUGGAUUUACCAGAUAACACCGUGUUAUGCACUCCAAACGUUUCCGAAUCGAGCACCUUAAUAGUAGUCGUCCAUGAUACUUCUGAUGUCUGGGCCAAGAGAAAUGUUAUCUCAGGUACAAUUGACUUAUCCUCGUCAGUUAUUAUUGAUAAUUGUCUAGACUUUAUUAAAUGGGGGCUUGAUAGGAAAUACGGCAUUAUUGACGUAAAUAUACCUCUAACUUUGUUUGAACCUGACAACUAUUCAGGAAUGAUUACUUCUCAAGAAGUUUUAAUAUAUUUAUGGGAUAACUACAUCAAGUACUUUCCUUCUGUUGCCAAAAUUGCAUUUAUUGGAAUAGGAGACUCAUACUCAGGUAUUGUACAUCUCCUUGGCCACAGGGAUACUAGGGCUGUAACCAAAACAGUAAUCAAUUUCUUGGGGGACAAACAAUUAAAGCCACUAGUCCCUUUAGUUGAUGAAACAUUGAGUGAGUGGUACUUCAAAAAUUCACUGAUAUUCUCAAACAAUAGCCAUCAAUGCUGGAAGGAAAAUGAAAGCAGAAAACCAAGAAAAAAAUUUGGCAGAGUUUUGAGGUGUGAUACGGAUGGAUUAAACAAUACAAUUGAAGAAAGAUUUGAAGAGGCAACGGACUUCAUACUGGACUCCUUCGAAGAGUGGAGUGAUGAAGAAUGA